AUGCACCCAAAGAAGACGGGCACAACAAGUGAUGGUGCUGCGAUGAAAACGACCCUACAGGAUGACAAGGAAUUGCUGCGCAAAACGCUUCCUGUGCUUGCAAUGCCGAAUCAGAAUGCGGAUGAUCUGAUGGCGGAGCUCGAACACUUGCAACCCAAAUGGAAACAGGAAAAGGCUAAGGCAGAUAAGAAAGAGAACGGCCGCAGCCGCCAUCAUUCAACAGGCACCGACAGUAGAAGCGAGAAGCGUCGCGAUGUUGACAAAAAUAAAAGGACGAAGCAUUCGCGAGAUCGAAGCACUGACCGAAGAAAUGAUGCAAAAGACAGAAGGCGCCGACGGAGCAGCGAUCGCGUUGAAAAGCGUCCCACCAAGUGA